AGCGGGGAUGCCUGCUGCCACAGCACAAACCCACUCCCCGUUUUCCGUCAAACUGUGAUAAGGAAUAACCCCGUUGUUGUUUUUUUUUAAACAUUGUCAGAAGGCCCAUGCACUGGGAGCUUUCUCCCCCACCUACAAACAGGACUCUCCCAGGAUGCUGACGAACAGCCAACACAUCGGGCACAAAGUGGCAGGAUGUCUGAUUUUCCUCUCCUUCCAUUUCAUCAACCUUGCUGCUGGCGGCUCAGGAAAAAGCUCACAGAGCCAUGAUGAGAUGCAUGUUGUUGACAAGAAUCAUCUUGACCUGCGGGAGAUAGUGUUUGUCAUCCAGAGUCAGAGCAACUCUUUCCAUGUGAAGCAAGCAGAAAGACAGAGAGCAGAGAUACUAAAGCAGGCACAGGGUCUCACAGAGAAACCACCAGUGGUUUUGCUGCUUCACAGUUUGUCAGAUAAUGAAGGGGAUUGGAGCAUCCUUCCUCUGCUGCCUUACUUUUCCCACUCCUUUGGGAAAAACUCAUCCUGGUUAGUAUUUCUUGAGGAAGAAACAAAAGUGAAGAUGACUACUCUUGUCCAAGUUUUGGCAAGAUUUGAUUCGAAUAAAGAAUGGUUUCUUGGUAAGCCUCUCUGUGAUGAGGAGUCAACCAUCAUCCAUCACUACGCCUUUGCAGAGAAUCCCUCCAUCUUUAAGUAUCCAGACUUUGCUGCUGCUUGGGCUUUAAGCAUCUCUCUAGUCAUCCGGCUUGCUAAUAAAGUGAAAGAUGAGCCACUUAAAUCUGACUUCACUAUUGACCUGAAACAUGAGGUUGCUUUAUACAUCUGGGACAAUGGGAAAGGACCACAUCUCACAGCUGUUCCUGAAUUGUGCACUGAGUUUGAAGAUUCUCCUCAUGCCCAGAGCUGUGCAACUACUUUAAGCAAAGAGCUUCCACUAUGUGGAGAGCCUGUAAAUGUGGAAGAUAUUUUUGUUGCUGUGAAAACAUGUGGGAAGUUUCACAGUGAAAGAGUUCCAGUGAUAAAGAAGACUUGGGAAAAGGAUGCUUUAUUUUUAGAGUACUACAGUGACCAGGCUGAUCCUUCCAUACCAACCAUUAAUUUAGGAGUGCCAAAUACUGAAAGAGGCCACUGCGGUAAAACAUUUGCGAUCCUUCAAAGAUUUCUAAGCAACGCUGUCCCGAACACUAAGUGGCUCCUCAUUGUGGAUGAUGACACACUUAUCAGCCUCUCCAGACUGCAAGCCUUGCUGAGCUGUUACAACCCCUCUGAGCCAGUGUGCCUAGGAGAGAGGUACGGCUAUGGCUUGAGUCAAGGUGGUUACAGUUACAUCACAGGAGGCGGAGGUAUGGUGUUCAGCAGAGAGGCUGUGGUCCAGCUUAUUAACAGCGGCUGCAAAUGCUACAGCAAUGAUGCACCGGAUGACAUGGUGCUGGGAAUGUGCCUCAAUGCUCUCGGGCUUGCCGUUACACACAGUCCCCUCUUCCACCAGGCUCGCCCAGAGGACUAUGCCAGAGACCUAUUAGCUCAUCAGGUGCCCAUCUCCUUCCAUAAACACUGGAACAUUGAUCCUGUUGCUGUUUUCAACAAGUGGCUUAAGGAUGACCUGAAAGCAAAGACUUCCAAUGAAUUUAAUGAAAGGGUUAAGAACGAGUUAUGAUGAGGAAAAAACUAGCCGUCAUAAAUAUAUAUGUUUGUACAUGGUGAGUGUGUGUUUUAUUCUAUUGAAAAUAAUAUCAAUUCACAGAUGUAAAUGUUUUUUGUAUAGUUGAUGUUAAUUUGUUAAGAGGGACUGUAUGAGUGACUGUGUGUGUGUGUGUGUGUUUUCCUGACCAAGUUGCAUGUUGGGAUUAUUGUCCAUUUUAGAAUUAUGAAUAUAAUAUAUGUAUAUUUAUACUGUGUGACCUGUCUGAACUUUGCAGAGAAGCAUAUCUUUUUUUCUCUGGGAGAUACUGUAUCUUUUAAAAAUAAUCACUAAUGCUGUACAGUGUGCUCUUUUUUACAUAAAAGUGCAAAUAUCCAACAAAGUGUUUGCUUUUCACUUCGAUAAGUGACCUAUUAAAGGGUUUUGUUUAAUUCAACAAUGUAUUAGUAAUUAUGUUAUGAGUUGUUGUGGUUAUAAUGGUAAAACAACAAUAUCAACAGACCAUUUGUUAGCUACAGUGGUAUUUAAGGUUCCUGCAUCUUACUGAAAUUUUAUUACUCCUGAAAUGAGCCCAAUACAAUGUUGUUGAGGGUUAACCCUAUUAGUUAUGAGGAAGAUAAAUACCUUCUUUUUACUUUGAACUCUGCAUGCUUGUUUAAAUUAAAUUGCCAAAACCAUUUAUUUCCAAGUCAUUUCCACCUCAAACAAAAGCAAGUGAAAAGAAAGUAAUUUUUUCUUGGACAUACUUUCUUUUAAAACAUUACCUGAUACACUUGAGUGGGACAGAAAUAGGUUUUUAUUGACAUCAAUCCUAAUUAUUCAUUUUCUUUUUUUCUCUGUCUCAGAUAAUUAAUCGUUGGACUCGAUGAUUUGCUGAUUAUUAUUGAAAAUCUUUUAAAGGCUUAGAGUUCCAGUUGGGGAAUAAAACAUUUCUUCCACUGGCUGUUUGCCAUCUUUGAAAAACUUAAUUGCUGCUGUAAUUCUUCAGUCUCAUAAAAAACGGGAAAUGACUGCAGCCUCGUAAUGGUGACAAAAGCUUUGGAAAAGCCAAGGUUAAUGAAAGCUUUCAGAUUAUACUCAAGGAAUGCAAAUAUGAAAAGUUAAUAAAGGAAAACUCAUUACUGUCUGUGAAAACCA